ACAGAAUCCAAAUAUCCACGGCUACCACGACACUUCUACAAAUCGAACCCAUCGCCCACCCCCUUUGGCCAACAGGAAUUCCAUCAAUCACAGUCGCACUCAACUAUUUGCUUCGGUCCAUCGCUCCAUCUCCCUACAAACUAUUCCACAGGUCAACAAAAAAGUAAUUCUGCAUCAAUCAACAUCAUCGUCAUAGGACGCCGUGCCUUCCUCUCCGCACUCCACUAUCAUACUACUACUUUCUAGUUAAAUAGUCGCUUGCGACAUCCAACCGUCAAAAUUUCGUCCAUCACUUCCUACUCGUCUCCCCUGACAACUGUCACCAUGCAGCCGAAAGCGCCAAAAACUGGAAACAAGACUCACCGUCGCUCACGCACAGGUUGCUUUACUUGCCGUCUUCGCCGGAAGAAGUGUGAUGAGGGAAAGCCUCUCUGCAAAGCGUGCAAGCACCUUGGCCUGAGCUGUGAAUACAAGCGUCCCAUCUGGUGGGGAAAUGUCGACCAGCGCAAGAGGCAGAAGGAGAAUAUCAAGAUGUUGAUCAAGAGGACAAAGUUGUCCGAGAAGGUCGCCCAGAUCUCACCAAUUAACACUAUUGCUCGAAGACGCUCGCUCUCAAUGGAGUCUGGUCUCUCGCUUGAGGAGGAGAUGGAGAAUUACAAUGAGCUCGUAAACCCGGAGAUCCACCACGGACACAUCCAUCACCCAUACCACCCCUUCCCCCCAUUUGAGGUCGAUAUCAUGACAGAGAAGCAAACCUAUGUGAACUCGUUCCCCAUGCCCAUGCGAAGAGCAUCUACCAGCACCGCUUCAUACACCAGUAGCCACCACAUGAGACGGGACUCGGCUGCCAACGUUAUGGUUCCAACAGAUGGGCUUGCCCAGUUCGAGGCUAUGAACGGUCACGUACACCACCACCCAGCUUCUUGCACCAGCACUGAGGAGAGUCUGCCAGCCACCGCCGACUUUGGCCUUUUCGACUACGGCUAUGGUCAGCCCGAGGCGCCAAUGCCCUACAUUCAGGUCGACGAGAGUGACAGGCAUCUCCUUAAUCACUUUGUAGAGAAUGUUCUUCCAAUAAUCUUCCCCAUCCUUGAUCUUAAUUUGGAUGCCAAGCGAGAUGUGAUUCUCCCUGCUUUGGCCUCUAACGAGUGUUACCGCCACUGCUGCUUGAGCAUCGCUGCUCUCCAUCUCAAGGUCACUCAAGGGCUUCAGAGCGAAUGGAUUGACCAGAGCAUCACACGCCACAGGUAUGCCACCAUUUCAGGGCUCUGUGAUGCGUUGGCACGGGAUCAGGACCAUCUACAAAUUCUUGAGGCGACUCUUGGGAUGGUGCUCUUCCAGUGCUCUGUUGGUUCCCCUGACGACAACCUCCCGGACAUCCCAUGGCACCAACACUUCCAGGCUGUUACGAGCCUUGUCAACAAGAUGAAUCUCACCCAAUACCUCCAACACAUUUCUCAGAACAACCACUCGCCCCCAUCGGUUAACAUGACUCUCACUGCAUGGAUUGAUAUCCUUGGUGCGACCAUGCUUGGCCGUGCGCCCCAGUUCGCAGACACCUACCGUGAAAAGCAUCUUAGCAAUGGGAUUAGUGGACUACGAGAACUUAUGGGCUGCGACGACAAGGUCAUGUAUCUCAUCUCCGAGAUCGCCUGUUUGGAAGCCUUGAAGAAUGAUGGAAUGCUUUCGGAUAUUGACCUUUGCGAUCACGUCAAGUCUCUUGCCCACCAGAUCGACCUUACCGAGUCGUCUCUUGACCAGCCAAUGCCAACAUCGCCCAUCAUCACGGCGAAUGGCCAGAUCGAUACUAGACAGCUAACCAAUGCCACCACUGACGCGUUCCGCUUCGCCGCCCGCAUCUAUCUUUGUUCGCUCGUGCCCGGCUUUGAUCGCCACCAGCCCCAGGUUAUGGAGCUCUUGAACAAGCUCACACAUUGCCUUGAAUCGAUUCCCGCAGGGCCCGACGGGUUUGACCGUUCGCUCGUCUGGGUGUACCUUAUUGGUGGCUCCGUUGCCACCCCGGGCUCGCUCUUUAUGAGAUUUUUCAAGAGUAGAUGUUCGGCAUUGGGAGAAGCCGGGGCUUGUGGAAGUUUUGGACGCAUGGCCAGGAUUUUGGAGAUCCUUUGGGGAAGGAGGGAGAGCGGAUGGGAAGGUGGAUGGCGUGACGUGAUGGAGGCCAACUCGUGGGAUUUCCUCCUGAUCUGAGUUUCUUGUCUCUAUUUACUAUAUCUUUUCUCAUUUGUCAUUUUCUUUUGUCACGGCUGGGUCACGGGGUUCAAUUGUAUGUAUCUAGCAUUUUGGCGUUUUUGUUUCUUUUCCACCUCUUUUGUUUUCGAUUGCGCCGCAUUUCUCAUUCGUUGGGGUUUGAGCCUGCUUUUUAUUUGCUUGUGCUUUUCCUGGGAAUACCGGCGUUUGUCAUUUUUACCACGAUGUUUAUGAUGAACUGGGCCAGAUCAAAGCGGCAGUUCUUCGCUUUUCCUUUUUUUAAUGGGCCAGGCAACAUUUUCAUUGCGCUGGGCGCCACAUAUGACUUUCUUUUUUUUUUUUUUCUGGGGGAAACAUGGGAGUUGCUUCUUUGACAUCAUUGUAACUUUUUAUAUUCUUUAGUAUAUUUAUUCUUUUGUUUUCCUCCAGAGAUUCAUCUUCGUCUUCAGCUUCAUACAUCGUACGGUAUAAGGUUUGAUUUUGUUAUUUUUGCAAAGGGCAGAUUUCCUUUCGUUUUGGCUGGCGGUUGUUUUUUUACUAUCGCUUUUUCCUCUCUCCCUGGGUCUUGGGUGGUUCGUUAAGACGGCGUCGCUCGCUUGCUGUUUUGUAGACGGUUUUGGGUUGCUUGGGAAAUGUACUGUACAGUACUUGUGUGGAUUGUAGUCUAGAUAUGAUAUGAGCAUGAUAUGAUACCCCUCC